UCAAUUUUGCUCUGAAUAGAGAGUGAUUAUGUGAGAACUAUUCAGACUCAAUAUACCGUACAGCACUUCUAAGAAGAAAAAAGCUACUGUCAAAUCUAAAAUGGAUUCCUGUGACUGGACGCGAAUGGGGAACGAGGAUGGUGAGGGAAUGGCCGGUGCGGAUCCGGCCGCUUCUUGGCAGCAGUGUUACACCUGGUGCACGCCGUACUCACAUUCUCACCCUCACCACCAUCCGCAUCAUCCUCGUCAGUAUCAGGGCAGCCAGUAUCAGCAACUACCAGAAAGCGUCUCCGCCGCGACAAAUGCUUCCACCCACUAUCCAUCUUCCCAGCAACAUCAUCUGCAGCUGCAAAAUACCCAACCGCCACCUCUAGACCAGCAACAGCAUUUUCACCCUAUUAGAGGACAGGGCGGACUCCGGAGAGCCGUUUCUUAUGACGAAUCAGGUAUCCAAUUCGCGUGCAGCGCAUCAAUUGUUACAAUAUCGAUCCAUUGUUUAAUGAAAAGAAAGAAACAAUUUCGUACGAAUUAA